AUGAAGAACCUCCCACAACACCCUGGUUUGUUUUUACAAACAAAAUGUAGCAAGGGAUCUAAAUUGUAUCCUGCAGCUUCGCUGAUUUCACUCUCAUUGGAUGCGCUCCUGGAUUAUAAUGACAAGGAUAUUGAGGAAUCAACAUUUGAGAAACUGCGUAUAAAAUUCGUAAGAGAAAGAAAUCAACGGAAGAGGCAGCGUGAAGAAGCCCCUGCCAAAGAGAGUGACAAAGAGACACAGAAGCGAUCAAAGUUUACUGAUGAACCUCCUGUAGAAAAUGAAUCUGCUAAACCUGAAAUGCAGGAUGCUUCCAAUCCAGAAAAUGAAAAUACAAUGCCUAAGAAGGAGGCUUCUGCAGCUGGUCUCGAUGAAUCAAAUAUGGAGGACAAUACUGAUGAAGAGGAUCCAGAGGAAGAUGAUGGUGAAUAUCAGGUAACGGAUGAUACUGUGCUAUUGGAUCCUCAUGAGGCAGGAAAUGAUGAAGAGGUAGCUGAUCUGCAAGGUAAGCAUGACAAGGAGACAACUGAUGGUAUAAACAAAAUGGAGGAACCCACAGAUGAAGUAAAGAGUGAAGAUAAAACAGCUGAGACAAAUGACAAACUUGUCAGGGAAAAGAGCAAUGAUCAAGUGGCUGAGUCAGAGAAGUCUGAUGCUGCCGCAAAGGAGUCGGUUGUUGAUAAAGAACUAUUACGGGUGUGUAACUGAACCGCAUCUCUACUUAUCUAGUCGAACAUCAAGC